AAUAAGUGCAUUCUGGAUAAGAAUAGGCACAUAUAAAUACAGUAACAGAGACCGACAUAUAGAACAAGAAGAAGAAGAAGCAAAAAUUGAUCUUUCUCAAGAGGUUGACGGGAUCAGAAAUUACAGACAUCUGUAUGGAAAAGCAGCAAGACUGUACCAUAAGUUAUUCAGAUGGUGUUUCUCCAAAUUCAAGUUACAUGAGAGACAGUAAUCAAAAUGUGUUACAGUCAUCUGAGCAUGUUACUGCGGAGCAGAGAAUUGAUAUGCUGAAAGAGAACGUUGAGAUAAAGGAGUAUGAAAUGAAGGAAUGCACAGCUGAAAUGUCAAUUGAGAUCUCUGAAGUCUGUGAAGCUGAGCGCAGACAGGAACAAGAUAGACCAAGCUCAAACUGUGAGAUUGAAUUGCCUUCAAAACAGAAAACAUCUGACGCCUCAAAGGUAAAAGAUGAUAACAAGAGACCAAGAGCUUCAGUGAAAUCAAUAACCAAAUCUGUAGCUGGAAGCUGUAAAACAAAAUGCACGGUUCCCCAACCAUUUGCUCUGGCAACUGAGAGGCGUGCUUCUCAUGGAACUCGUCUUGUUGGGAAUGAUGCAGGCAUCGUUAGUGCUGCGCAGAAGUCAUCCGAAGGAAAUAAUUUGCAAGUCCCAAGAUCUGUACAAAACCAGGUUUCCUUAUCAGUUGCACUUAAGAAGCCACUACAAUCUGAUAACAAGCAUUCUGAUGAGGAAGACUCAUCGAUUGCCUCUUGUUCUGUGAUCUCAGCAAGAAAAUCCAGGGCCACUGUUGCGUCCGCUCCAACAUUUCGGUCAUCUGAACGUGCAGCGAGAAGGAAAGAGUUUUACUCAAAGUUAGAGGAGAAACAUCAAGCUUUGGAGGCUGAGAAAAUUCAAUGCGAGGAAAGAACAAAGGAAGAGAGAGAAGCAGCUAUGAAGCAACUGAGAAGGAAUUUGUUGUUCAAGGCAAACCCAAUGCCAAGCUUCUACCAGGAGGGACCUCCACCUAAAGUUGAAUUGAAAAAACCACCACCAACGCGUGCAAAAUCACCAAAGUUUGGCAGAAGGAAAAGUUGUGGUGACACAGUUGGCUUGGAUAAAGGUGUCGGAGCUUAUGACCAAGCAAGUAAGCAUAUUCUUGGUUGAAAUGCAAAUACCACCUUUGCUUCUCGAAAUAGUAAAGACUGUCCUAAUAUCCAAAGAGGUUCUGCUACUUACAACUUGAAUGAGUCCAGUCAUGGAGGGGAGACAAUUGAGUCAUAUAUGACUAAGAUGCAAGAAGAAAUCAAUACGGAUAAUAUCCUACAUUCUUGAGCCUUUGGUGAGUUUUCUAAUUUAAUAAAGGGAGAGCCAUUAUUUUCUUAUGUUUCAGAUCUUUUGACAGCUUUAAGGGGUGUACGAUUGACUUAUUAUUUAAACUGCAAAACCUUUUUUGCAGUGGUCUAUGUAACUUUAAUUUAUGAAGUGUAAAUUUCUGUAAGUUAUUCCCAUUCUUGUGUAAAGAAACUCCAAUUUCUAUAAAGUUCUAUUUCAGAAUA